AUGGCUCCCAGCAAGCGAUCCAAGAAAUUAGGCUCUUUGUCGAGUACUCGACCUCCUACGAUCAAAUCACAACAUGCGGCAUUAUCAUCCAAGGCCACGCGAACUUUGAUUCGAUCUCACCACCAGCUCCUGAAAGCGCGAGCCCAAGCUGAACGUUCAGGCGAUGAAGCCCGCAUAAGCAGUAUCGACGCUCAAAUCCAGGCUAACGGAGGUCUGGAAAGCUACCAGACCGCCAGCAAAAUCGGCCAAUCUCUCGAGCGAGGCGGUGAUUCCAGCAAACUUCUCCUAGAUUGGAUCAAGCCGCAACUCAACGAGUGGAACGCAAGUCUUCCCAAGCUCCGCGUUCUGGAAGUCGGGGCUCUGAGUACGAAGAAUGUCAUUUCUAGAACGCCUUCAUUGGAAGUUUCGCGCAUUGAUUUGAAUUCUCAAGAGCCUGGCAUUCUUAAACAGGAUUUUAUGGAGCGGCCUUUACCACCUGCAGAUACGGAUGGGGAUAAGGAGCGCUUUCAUUUGAUCAGUUUGUCAUUGGUGCUAAACUACGUUCCGGACGCGACAGGACGUGGUGAAAUGCUCAAGCGCUGCGUGAAGUUUCUAACUUCAAAUUGUCCUAUCUCGCUCCCUCCUACUCUCUUCCUUGUUCUGCCUGUCGCGUGCGUUGACAAUUCUCGUUAUGUGACUGAAAAGCGCCUGCUCGAUAUCCUGUCUAGUUUGGGGUUCGAGCUCGCGCAGAGCAAGCGGACUUCCAAGUUGAUUUAUCAGCUAUGGAAUCAUACUGGUUCCAAGGUACCGACGAAGUCCUUCAAAAAGGAAAUGCUCAACCCUGGCCACACUCGGAACAACUUCUCUAUCAUUCUGAAAAAGGGAUGA